UCUACUUCUUGCUCUUCAACUCACUGCGAACCCAAAAAAGAAAAUCAAAUUUAGCGGUAUCAAAAGCAGGAGAGAAAGAACAAAAAUGGGUGAAGAGCAUAGAGAUGAAGUUCCAAGAGUGAAACUGGGAAGUCAAGGAUUAGAGGUGUCGAAGUUGGGAUUUGGUUGCUCGGGUCUCACUGGAAUAUACAAUGAUCCAGUCCCAGAAGAAGAAGCCUUUUCACUUGUCAAACAUGCGUUUGAUAAAGGAAUCACUUUCUUUGAUACUGCAGAUGCCUAUGGAAACAAUGCUAAUGAGCUUUUGGUUGGAAAGGCUUUGAAGCAGCUACCAAGAGAUAAGAUCCAGUUAGCCACAAAAUUUGGUGUCUGGCACCAAAAGACUGGUACAAUAAUAUGUGGUACACCUCAAUAUGUGCGAGCUUGCUGUGAAGCUAGUCUGAAGCGCCUCGGUGUUGAAUACAUCGAUCUCUAUUAUCAGCACCGCGUCGACACAUCUGUACCUAUUGAGGAUACCGUGGGAGAACUUAAGAAGUUGGUGGAAGAGGGAAAAAUAAAGUACAUCGGAUUAUCUGAAGCCUGUCCUGAUACUAUAAGGAGGGCACAUUCAGUUCAUCCCAUUACUGCUCUGCAAAUGGAGUGGUCUCUCUGGACUCGCGAUAUUGAGGAAGAAAUUGUCCCACUUUGCAGGAAACUUGGAAUAGGAAUAGUGACUUACAGUCCACUUGCCCGAGGCUUUUUUGGUGGUAAAAAAGUUGUGGAAACUGUGCCUGAAAGCAGUAUUGUGGCAUCACAUCCUUGGUUUGAAGGAGACAACUUUGAAAAAAACAAAAUCUUAUAUUCGCGCAUGGAAAAGUUGGCUGAAAAGCAUGGAUGCACCCCUACUCAGCUUGCACUUUCCUGGAUUCUUCACCAAGGAGAUGAUGUUGUUCCAAUUCCUGGAACAACAAAAAUUAAAAAUUUUGACAACAAUUUUGGUUCUCUGAGGGUGAAGCUUACAAAGGAUGACUUAGAAGAGAUUUCUGCUGUGAUUCCCAUCAAUGAGGUGGCGGGGAGUCGAUUCAAAGAUGAUAAUUAUCUUCGUGUCUCCUGGAAAUUUGCUAUCACGCCAACAAAAGAGAUUCCUGCAGCUUUUUAAAAUAGUUAGAAUUUGUAUUCAUGAGCUGUUAAGCUUGGGAUGCAUCUAAUGGUAAUUAAAGAACUGCAGGAAUUUGCGUAUCUUCUGUGCAACUAAUAACUAUAAAAUGUAAGAAUAACCGACGUGGAGUUUGGUUUCUGUUUGUUUUAACAAGCCACUGUCGGGUAUCCAUUAUGAUGUUUUCCUUCUUUUAAAUAAACCUCCAUGGAUCGAGAAAAGUAUAUAUAAUGUACUUAAUAUUUAUUAUGAUGUUGAAUAUAUGACUUUUGAGUUUGUUGCC